AUUUUUGCCCUCUCCAUCUGCGUCCUCGCGGGCUGCAGGAGUAACAUGGAGAAAAACUACCCCAUCAUCAACUGGCCGCAGUCCACGAUAGAGCUCAUCUGGGGAACAGAGUGCACCAAUGCCACAGCUGACUAUAUGCCUGACCUAUACAAGCUUGGCACGUCGGGGAUAUGUAGAGUCGUGGAUGGCAAGACUUCCUGCAAGUCAAAAUUUCCACCGUCUCUCAAUCUUGCUAGAGCUAUUCUUGAAGAUCUUGAAGAGGCAGAGUCAUCAGACAUCAUUGAAGAGUGUCGAAAAACGAUUGACAAACCAAUCAACCACCGUACAGCUGAAAAACUAGGCAUCGCCAUGGCCUCGUUCAUCAUCGCCUCCAUCUUCCUCAACAUCAUCUCCGUCGUUGUAGCCGCAGCUGACGACUCAGCCUUUGGUCUUCCGGCAACGAGUGUUCUGGUGAUAGACGCGUUGUUCAUCUUUACGUCCCUCGUCAUGUGCAUCGCGAUGAUGAACUUUGAGGGCGGAGGUUAUCUCAAGAACGUUAGUGGGAGGGACUUUUCGGAUAGAGAGAUGAUCGGUGUCGCUAUUUGGAUGUUGUUUGCAAUGUUGAUUGCCCGUGUUCUUUCCAACCCUUGGUUGCUUGUAGGCGCUAUUAUGGUCAUUUUACCUAUAGUGCUCGUCUUUGUUCUCUUCUUGGUGCGAACCCGAGGGUUCUUUGCUGUCGUUCGA